AUUUGCACUUUGUACUUUUUUCUGGCAACCCUGAACAACAAAAACGGCGUGUUUCCACCAAAAAUAGUCGGCCUGCACGCAGCCCAGAUUCUCUUCUAUCGACAGCAGCGUGUCUGCUUCCCUGUACAACUGCUUUCUUGUUUUUAUUUCGCAUUUCCCCUGCACACAGUCACAUUCCAACAGCAGCAACCAAAUGGUCUCGCUCCCUGCCCUCAACAGACAGCGCCAGGCGCUUCCCCUGGCAGGCAGACUCGAGGCAUGCAGCGGCACCGUCGCUCAGUGGUCGCGAAGCACUUGCAACAUCCAGAACAUGGAGCUGCGGCAGUCACUCCAAGGUCACGAAGGCUGCGUAAAUGCACUAUGUUGGUCGCCCGACGGCCAGUACCUGUUCUCUGGAUCGGACGACUCGACGAUCUGUAUCUGGAGAGCCGCAUCCGAUGGAUCACGCAUCUGUAAGAUCAAGACUGGGUUUGCCGAGCGCGUAUUUGACCUCAAGGUCAUGCCUGCGCCCAAUGACCACUUGCUCAUUGCCUGCUCAAUGGACCACAGUAUCAAAAUAUUCGAUAUCAACCGCAUCCUGCUUGCGGCCAGUGGCACAGAAAGCUCGGCGGUCAUUGGGCCAGCUGACUUCUGUAUCCGCACAUUUACUGCGCACUCGAGCCCCGUGAAACGGGCUGCACCGAUUCCCGAUUCGCCGAAUCAGUUUCUGUCUUGUUCUGAGGAUGGCACUGCACGGCACUACGAUAUUCGAGAACCGCCCAGGCGCAGCCUAGGUCACCCCGAUGGCAGCCGUAUAGUCGCAGACUACCACAUGAUUCACGCAGAGCUGCAUGCACUGGACGUGAACCCAUUCUACACCCACAGCUUUGCCGUCGGCGGCACAAUGCUUUCGAUCAUGGUCCAUGACCUGCGCAUGCCGCGGGUGUCAUCCACGCCACAGAGAAGAUGCGACUCGUGUGGUCAAGACGUUGCCAGUAGCGGCUGCGUCGUGAGGCUGCGGCGUGGUCGCGCCAAGGACAGGCGAGAGGUUUUUGAAAAGGCGACACAGAACCCUGUCACUGGGCUGAGAUUUUCGAGGGAUGUGCCAAACCAGAUCAUUGGCAGCUGGUGCUACGACUACGUGUACUUGUUUGAUCUGAACCAAUCGCAGACAUACAUGCACAGCUUGGCCGCCAGGGAGACAUCGCUCCCCAGCAAGGUGUCUGGAGACAGCGGGCUCGGGAGUAGUAGUCGGCCUGUGUUGCCAAACGUAAAGCGUGUCCGCUCUGGAAAUAGCGACACUUUGGGAGUUGUGUCAUCGAAGCAGGAAGGCGGCAGCAGGUGGCCGGGGUCAGAGACUGACAGUAGCACAGCGUCUAGUCUGGACCACUCGAAGGUCGAUAGGCGCCGACAGGACUCAGCAUUUGCCAACUCGGAAUGGAGCCCUAUGGCAGCUUCAAGGAACAUGGCUAUCGCCGACACCACUUCAGAAGACAUUGCUAGCUCUGUACAACAAAGUACACCGUCGUUCGGCAUACGCGUCAUAAGCCAGGACGAAGCGCCAUACUUGUUUGAGAGCCACAGCGACACGGAUGCCUAUCCCGCCAGUACUGCGGAGAGCAGCGAUAACUCUGCAAGUAGCUCAUACAAGCAGAGUAGGCCAUGGAUGAUGCAUAGUGAGCACCAUGAGUACACUCCAUCGUGCGACAAAUGCGUCAAGAACGGCGGUCGACAGGAGCAUGCCAAACACAGCCUCAGGGCAGCUCUGGAUGGUGGCCAGCGUGGCAUGAGGUGGGCACUGUCGCCAGAUGAAAAGGACCAGAUCAACCGAUAUAUGUAUCAGUUCGCUGAUCUCCUCGAUGACGGUGAGUACAAGGAAGCCAUUGGCAUCAUGUCGCUGUUUAUUCGUGGCUUUGAGGGUGGCAGCUUUACCUACAGUGCCGAUCUGCCCACCUUGUUGGAAUCCGCCGACAAUAUGAAGAGCGAGCAAAAAAUAGUCGACACCUGGAAGGACCUCUACAUGGACGACGAUAUGGACCGCCGCCGCGUCUUCGCCAUCGGCCACACCAACCGUGCCGCUAUGAACAUGUUUGUUUACCGUUGCCGAUGGCUCCACCGCUUCCAGGUAUACCUGCUGCGUGAUCUGCGCCAGUUGAGCAUCGGCCAGCUCCAGACGAUCCGGCAGGACUUUGAGCUCAUUCGAAGUGAUUUGGAGUGGGCGCGUCGCGACUGCGAGAUGGCAUUGCAGCUCAACCCGUUUAGCAUCCUUGCUCACUCGCAUAUGCUCAACAUCGAGUGGGAGAUGUACCGCUCAGACGUGCUAAUGUUCAUCCUGGAGCUGAUACCAACGGUUGACGAUUUCUUCCGCACUGAAUCAUCGCCACCGUAUUGGGAUGACGACAAUGUGCCGGUCCGGAGCCGCCUGCGUGCAGAGUUUGGCAACAUGCCCCAGCGACUCCAUGAGCUGUGUCAACGGACAAGCCGCUCGUUCAAGCGCAUGCGGGCCGAGUGCGAGCAGAUCGGUGGGCUCGCGUUCCAUCUCGGAAUCACUGAUGACAAACCGAACAUAUCCUUCGAUUCUAUCUGGUGCCGGUUGCGCUAUGUCAACCGCCGGUUCUAUGGGAUGCCAUCGGCAACUGUCCUCGCUGUGCACCAAGACAGCACCAAUCUGGAAGCCCGGUUGGAUAAUGCUGGCUGGAUGCUUGACGAGGGCGUGGUUGAGGAUAUCGAUAGUACCGAGGGCAUGGUAGUGUUGGCGCAUCUUGCCAAAUACUGGGUGUCGCUGAACGCUGAGUCGAUAAGCACCAGCAAUACGCUGGUCGACGACCCAAGCUCUUUGGCCGGCAUGUUCUUGUGCAAUGCCCAAGAUGACCUCGGUCACCAUCCAUUCGACCCAGGCAUGUACUACUUGGACAAGUUCGUCGAAGGAAAUUUUGAUUGUCAGACGCUUCCAGCGAUCGGCCCAAAGAAACUUGAUGAGAAUCUCCAGUACGCUGGCUCGUUCUCCGACGACGGGGAAGAAGUCGGCCACGUCUACAGCUCGAGUGGGCUGCUGGUUAAAGACCUUCACGCACCAUCGGCCCAUGCGGCUCACAAGGCACCACGCCCCCCGCCCUUCUCUAUCAGCAUGCGUGUUGAGAGUGGGCGCGACAGGAGUGACAGCAGCAGCUCUGCAUGCAGCGUCAGCCACGGAGAUACGUACGCUACCACGGGCAGUGGCAGCGAAGCCAGCUCAAGCGACAUGAGCUCCAGCGACAUGAGCUCUACCAGCACUGACUCGAGCGAAGACGAUGACAGCAGUGAUAUGGAAUUCAGCGACCAGAGCGAAUCGGCAUCAUCGCUAUUCAGCGAUACAGACUGGCCACGUCCCACAGUCGAAUUUAUCCCUGGUCGCGACAUGGCGAUAAACGACCGUGAGGCAAGCUCUCAGACGGGAUCACGCACAAACACCCGGCCAGAACUAGACUCCUCCGCCGAACCAACGCCGAUCGUCCAGCCGCAUAUGUGCUACAAGGGCCAUUGCAACUUCCAGACGAUCAAGGACGUAAACUUUGUCUUUGACAAGUACAUUGCGUCUGGCUCCGACGACGGCCGCAUGUUCAUCUGGGACCGGCAGUCCAUGGAGAUAGUGCAGAUUAUCCGUGGCGACAACGAAGUCGUCAACAUCAUCGAGUCCCACCCAACACUGCCGCUCAUCGCGGUGUCGGGAAUCGACUGCGAGGUCCACAUCUUCAGCAUCAACCAAGGCGGUCCAUCGCCUAUCCAUCGCCAGACCUUUCCCCUGGUCCGCCGCGAGCACCUUGCCCUGGUCAGCAUCACCAAUGGCACCUCCAAGUACAUCGACGAUAUCUAUGCGUGCGACCCGUACGCGCAGGAUCUCGCCUACUCUGGCCACUCGCUUUGGCCGUCUGACGCCAUCUAUGAUGCGGUUGCAAAGCAGGUGUCGUACACAUUCCCGGCUGUCAGUGAAAGCGAGCUCGCCAACAAAACCCAGAUCGUGUUUGCGAACCAGGAGCUGCGGCAGAACGGUAUCACCAACGCCUCGCUGACUCACCGGCUGAUGAGCAACAUCUUCUUCAACGCCAUGCUUGGAUCGCGUCGUAUAGCUAACGACGACACGUCAGAGCAAAGCGACGACGAUAUGGACGAGGACUAUGAUAGCGACAUGGAUGGCUUUAGCGAUGGGUUCAUUAGAGAGGCCCAAGCCAGUACCUUUUUCGGUAGCAGUUUCUAGCGUGUAUACAACAGGGCAGUGAUUCUAUUGCACAUGAAUAAAAUGGAGGUUGCUUG